UUCGUUGAAAACUUCUCCCGUAAACACGUAGAGGUGACCACAUGUGACCUGUGCUAGAAGGGACCCUGAACGAAAACUAGAACGGACGUACUGUACUCCAGUUUCCUGUCGUCUGUGUUUACAUACAUCCAUCUGCAAUCUCGCUGUUGUAUUCUCCUUUGUUUAAUUUUAUGAACGAUGAUCGAAUCAAAGUACUUCUUGUUAUUCAGCUAACGAUGUAAUAAUUCUGUUGUUAUCUCGUGAUUGGGUAGCCACUAUUUUUCGGCCGAGUUUCGGAGUGUUCUCCGUAGUAGGUUAUUGUCAGUUCUGCUGGUGCCUGGUACUCGUUCAAAGCUGUCACCGCAGGCACAAGCACCCUUGGUACGAUCAAACAUGAAUCGGCCACCUGGACGACGGCUGCAUGAAUUCAAUCAUGUGAGCCUGUGUGUGAAAUACAUGAUAUUCUUUCUCAACUUUAUAUUUUGGCUAUUUGGUGGAUUGUUGAUUGGCAUCGGUCUCUAUGCGUUUGUGGAUAAAUGGCAGGAUAAAGAAUUUGUUAAAGUAGAGAAUAUUUACGAUGUGAUUCUUAAUGUUUCACUGGUUAUGAUAUUAGCUGGUGGCGUGGUGUUCAUUGUCAGCUUUACUGGGUGUGUAGGUGCACUACGAGAGAAUACAUGCUUAUUGAAGUUUUAUUCGCUGUGCCUUUUAGUGUUCUUCUUGUUAGAAAUGGCGGUAGCCAUUAUGGGAUUUGUAUUCCCCCAUACAAUGCAGUCAUUACUAGAGGAAACUCUCUCUGAUAAAAUAAUUCACAUGUAUAGAGAAGAUGAUGACCUUAAGAAUUUCAUAGAUUUCGCUCAGCAAGAGUUCCGUUGCUGUGGCUUGAGCUCUGAAGGUUACAUGGACUGGUCCAAAAAUGAGUAUUUCAACUGCAGUUCUCCUAGUGUUGAGAGAUGUGCUGUGCCCUACAGUUGCUGUAUAAAUGCUACAGAUAUCUCGAGUGGGCUGGUGAAUAUCAUGUGUGGAUAUGGAGUUCAAAAUCGACCUGUGGCUGAAGCAAGCAACCUUGUUUGGGCUAGUGGUUGUAUAGAAGUGGUGAGAGCUUGGGCAGAGAGAAAUUUGUACUUUAUUGCUGGUGUUGCUCUUGGUGUUGCAUUAUCACAGUUGUUGGUGAUAUAUUUAGCGAAAACUUUAGAGGGGCAAAUCGAAUUGCAGAAGUCAAGAUGGCAUUCAUGAGUCAUAACCUACCGCCUCGGAUGAAUUGUGUGCGUUGCUGCAAUUUGUGGUAGGUUCAUAUUGAAAAUUCUUUGACUUGAAUUUAAAGAGUUUGGUAAAGACAUUGUGAUUACAGUUGGUUUAUUUGAUUGUCUAAUAAUCAAUUUGGAUUGCAACAGUAAUUGUCAAAUAUUCUUUGUGGAAGUUAAUUUGAUGGCCCUGGAGAGGCAAAUUAUGUGUAAAUUUUAAAGCUUCCUUUUCUUGCUAUCAAAAUUUAAGAUAAUGCAUAUUUUUCACAGCAGAAGAAUUACUUGUCAGUUCUAGUCAGGGAAUUCCUCGGCUCAUCCGAAUGCUAAUGCUUAAAUUUUCAGGUUUUAUCAUAUUACCAUUUUGUUUGAACUUCUUACUGUUCAGUUAUUUGCUUUUCUUAUUUACCCUUCAUUCUUUAAAGUUUGACAACAGCAUGCCAACUUCUCUUUAAUUGACCAAAUUGAACAUUGGGAUUAGUUCUUCUUUCCUUACCCAUGACUGGAGGCUGCACAGUAUUACUUUUAAGAUCUGAUAUGUUAUCUUAGUAUCAUAAGUUAAGUUUAGUAAACUUUUGCACAAUAUACUUAUAUUUUAGGUUUGUUAUCUUUUAGUCCAUCUCUACUUGCUAUGUAUGUAUGUAUGUGUGUAUGAAUGUUUGUAUGUAUUGUAUACUUCAUGUUAAGACUUGUCAAUAUAACUGCCUUGUGCCAACAAAUUUUACAUCAAACAUCACAUCCCAGGCACUUGGUCUGUUCUAUAUAAAGUACGACAUAGAGUUAAUUAUGACCAGUAUUCUUUAAGCUGAUGAUAAAGCAUUCAGCCUGAUAACAUCUCUUAGUACUCCUAAAUUUUGAAGGCUGCAUAUUCUUGUUGUCAAACUCUCUUACUGGAACACAUACUCUUUGACAAACUAUGUCCAACGCAAAUGGAUGUAAAUUUAGUAAGGGUCAGUAGUGCUUCUAUGUUACAUGACUAAUAAUUUCUUAGCUGGCGUGCCUAGCUGUGAUCUAGUAUAAAUACUUCUUAUUGUACUCUGAUAAUACCUGUGUUAAGAGUUCUAAAUUUACCCUUAAAAAACGUAAUUGUAGUACCACUCCGACCUCCACCGCUUUAAAAAAAAUUGAGAGUCCUGGUAAUAUUCUUGAAGUAGCAAUACUUUGUAUAAUUCCACAAUUUCAACAAGUCUUUUCCAAAUUUCUAAGUACUUUUUGGUAAUUUCCAUGUGACCUUUUCAGGGCAAAUGGGAUGUUUUCCUUUCCUCCACUCCAUCCAAUCAUUAUUUAAUAUAUUGGGUGUUUAAUUCUUGUUUCUUAUUUUAAGUUUAAUUUGGGAAAUAUUCAAAAACUUGUUUUCGUGGCAACCAACAUGAAUGAGUGUGCCAAAUUUCUGGUUUAUCAAGAUCAAAAUUGUGAUAUCAUGGACUUUAAUUCAUUUCUGUAAUAUGAUAAUUAAAUUGUCAAAUUAUCUUAGACAAUUAGAAGAUCACUAGACAAGGUUUGAAUUUGACAAUUUUUCCUCAAGCCUGGGUCUCUUUUUUUCAUAAGGAUUCAGUUGUGUAAUUCAUCACUGUGCAUCUACUUUACAAUGUCUAUACAGUACUGUUUAAGCAGUGAUGUACGUACAAGCCAUGUGCAAAAAAAACACCACAAAAAACAAGA